AUGGCGAGUAAAGAUUUUGCUAUGAGCGGUCGUUCUCGGCAGAAUCAAGCGAUAUCCGACGCGGAGUACCUGAAGAUCGUCGACAGCGUCAAACCGUGCAGGAUUUGCCGAGAAAUUAAAAUAAAGAAGGAGGUUCUAGACGAGAUCGAGAAUUUUUCCGCCAACGACGAGCUGGAUAUUGAACAGCAUGUCAAGAGCGAACCGUUGGAAGAAGUAUCGCGCCAUGAAAAUUCCGAACGGACCCCAGAAUCAGACUGUCAGAGAAAUGCAAGCGUUUCACUUUCUCGGAGACAAAUGGACGGGUAUACUGACUUAAAGGAAUACAUCGUGGCAUUGACAAGGGGAAAGCUUUUAAUGUGCAGCGUCUGCAGGAUCGAAUUUCCGAACGAGGCCGAAUUCAGGACUCACAUGAUCGUACACAGCCAUGGAAAAUGUUUCCAGUACAACGGACAAUUUCCUAGAUCGUCAACCUUAAAAGAUCACUUGCAUAUGCAUUUUAUUCCGAAGCCUUUCGCGUGCAGACAAUGCGAGCUCCAAUUUCAGAAUGAACGCGAGUUGAGGAAACACCAGACUAAAACGCACUCCGAACCCUUCGAGGCUUCUUUCCGUGGCAAGAAGAAGCCGUUGCAACAGCGGUCGCUGCGCGAUCUCGAGCUGAUGAACGGUAACGCGAGGUCUCACGAGUGCGCGACCUGCGGCAAGAGCUUCCUGAGGUCCAGCAGCCUCCGGACUCACAUGAUCGUCCACACCGCGGACUCGCCGUACGCGUGCGAUCUCUGCCCGGCGAAAUUCAAGAGAUCGUCCGUGCUGAAGACGCACAAGCUGACGCACACGGGCGUGAGAAGAUUCGAGUGCGACAUCUGCAAGCAUCGUUUCCACCUGAAAGGCGCGCUCAAGCACCACGUACUGGCGCAUUACGGUAUCAGGCCCUAUAAAUGCGAAGAUUGUGGCAAGUGCUACAGGAGAUCCUGGGGACUGAAAGUGCACAGAUAUCGACAUACUGGCAUAAAGCAAUUCGAGUGCGACUUCUGCAAGUUGCGCUUCAGUGUGAAGACGAAGCUCGCGAAUCACAUUUACACGCACAUCGGCGAGAAACCUUACAAGUGUGACAUCUGCGGACGUCAGUAUGGCGAGAGAUACCAAUUGAAGGCGCACAGAUGCACGGCAUUAUCCGACAACUCAUUGGGACGAAAAGCUGCUCAAAUUUUAUUCUUCCAGCCAAGGCUGUUGAAAAAUCUGAUAAAAGUAAAUUAAAAUCAAUAUAUCAUCAAACAUAAUAACGUAUGAUAAAGUAGAAAAUAUUGUAUUAUAAAUUAAAUUUGCAAAUUUGGACUUUUCCAUUCGAAAAGAUUAUUAAGAAUGUCGAAUUAAAUUACUAAGAAGACAAUAAUUCUCGAAAGCAACUCUCGAAAAGGAGGCGCAUAGAUAUCAUUCGUAAAUUAAUUUAAUUAUUAUCGAUCACGAUUGCUUUUUUAAUAAUAAGACUGGUUUCUCGAUACAAUGGUCGGUCGCCAUUUCAUUCGUGAUCAAAUCUAUCCUCGCGGAUCCCAUCCGUGUUUGCAUGAAGCUUAAUAAGGCACGGCCUUAAUAAGCACUUCGCCGCAGAACAAAACACCGAUUAAUCCCAGACUGAACCGACUCCGAUACGAAUUGGUUUCGAGCUUGAAGCUGGCCUGCCGACUCGCAUGGAGGAGAGGUCGGCUUAGGUUCGUCAUCAACGUAUCGUAUAUAAUCACAGUCUUUAUUCGAUAUUGCUCAAACGUGACCGCUGGGAUCACCGAACGGCGCAGCGGAAUUAAUGCAGCUUCCACGACGUAACGACCAUUUCAGAGAGAGUAAUUAUUUACUUUGUCGAUGGUACUUAUCUCCACGUGUUUCGCUGCGCGAUGUCUCGUGAUAUGCCAUGUCGCGCUUGGACAUCGCGCGCGAUCGUUUACGUAAUUUACAUUCCUGUCGUGGAGAAAUCAUAUUUCGCAAUACAAAUAAUACGCGCGCGGUGUCUUCCUACCGGCAAUAUCUGAGAAUUAGUUACCUCUUCCUUGAUUUCGUCAAAACUUACGCUCUGCCAGAUCUGCAGGAUAAAUAAAGUACGAGUGAUGUUACGAGGCGACUCUCACUUCAUUCUUUCUGGUUCCGUAGAUGAAUGUCUUUCGUGAUAAUCAGGCUGAGACAUAAGCAUUGUUAAAGCAACAAUUUUAAUUUAAUUUACAGCAAAUUUGCAAACUUGAGAUUUAUCAGCAGAAAAACGAAUGGUUUUGCAAAUGUAGAACAUGCAAUUACCAGAGAUAUUAAUGUAGCGCCUCUUUGGCGGCCUCCUCGGGAGUAUCUCGAGCGCGUGGGCCCUGCUUAUGUCGCCGCACGUGAGAAUGGUGCUUUAAGGUGCGUGGACACAGCAGGGGCUUGUAGGGAGUAAUCCGAGAUGCUCCGCUUCUUAUCAGAUCGCAUCUCUGAUUCGCGUGCCUUGCGGCUAAACUCUUUGACAGUGCCGACACGUAUCCGCCUUCUGACCCCGUUUCUCUAUUUCGACGCGACAGGAAGUAAAAGAGAGAAAUGUUUUUGCAAUUCAUGCUAUACAUUAAACGAUUUCGAAGAGACUUUUCGAAAGAAAAAUACAAUUUCGUCCAAGUCACUGACAACUUUGAUCAGAGAUAUUAUCUUAACUCAUUCUCUUUUAUUCAAAACCUAAGUUUCUUAUAUUAUGUAUAAUUUAAUCCUCAUAUUUGCGUAUAAAUAAUAUAUAUAUAUAACUUAGAAAAAUUAUAUACAUUGACACAAGUUGGAGUAGGAAUUAUUAUCUUCGACUUUUUCCAGUGAUGUCGACGUUUUAAAGAGAAAUAAAACUGCAUGACGUUUAACAAGAUUGUCGCGUAAAUCUAAAUCUAAAUAAACCUCGUUCUGUCCAUUUGGACUUUUACAACUUCCUAGCAACAGUGCGAUUUAAAUACGCGGAUUUCGCGUCUAUAUCUCUCGCCUAAUUAUGCCUGUGCUUCGUGAAAUCUACGAUCUGACAGUUCGCGUACGGGCGUUACACACAGCGGCACGCAGAGAGUCACGCCAAGUCCUAAUUAUUUAGAUAACGAUCAUAGCGGUUUAAUUAUAUUCCUUCUCCCCUCUGUCGCGCUGCUCCGUUCGCCGGUAUGCUAAUGACACUUAAUGCAGAUAGCAACGCCGAUACUAUUUGCCGUACCGGCUGCUAAUUGCGAGCUCACAAUUACGUGCGCGUCCAGCGGACGACGGAUUUGGAAACUCGGGGAAAUAAUACGUAACGACUUCAGCCGUCGAUCCUCGUUGUGCAUUUCUAUUAUAUAACGUCGCCACUCUUUCCGGCCAAUCGUGAUAAGACACACAUUCAUGUAAAUUAUUUACUCGUUAAUUAAAACAAAAACUACGCGUGGAUAUACUGUAAAUUACAUACUAUAAAUCACAAAGCAUUACGACGGAACAAACUAAUAGAAGAGUUGAUUUUUUUUAUUAUUCUGUACAUUGUAUGCAUUGUUUAACUGGAGAAAUAUUUUACCAUAACAUCUCUUAUAUAAUUGUAGCAGAGGAUUUAUGAAACUGAGUGUAAGUGACAUUUUCCGGUCAAUCUCUCCGCGUGUGCACCACCCGAACGAAUUGGACCUUUCCCAGCGGCUGUCUUGUAGGAAAGGGCGAAAACGGGGGGUGGCGCGGAGAUUCGUAAAAGAAAAAUGGGACGGGGUAUAUUAAAUAACGACGAUGUCGAUUAGUAUUGACAACGGCGAUUAAAGAGCCCGAAUUGCUAGCCGGUAAUGACCGAGCAGGCUGCGCGAGCAGUGAGCACUGUAAUUUCAUUGAUAAUAUUUAAAUACGGGCUUUUGAUAGCUGUCUUCUCUCGGCUGGCAUUAGCACGGACCCUGAAGGGCCCCGGUCCCCUCUCUCCCUACCCGAAUCACUCCGCCUCUGAGAGAUGAGCAGAGGCGUACUAUUUAUCGACCUGGUCCCGUCAUUAUUUCAUCCAACUCUUUCAUCGCCUUGCCCUUGUUAAUCGAUAAUCCGCGAAGACGAAACUCAGCUGCCGACUCCGGCAGGCUUACGUGAAUCGAAGCAGUAUUGAUCCACACGAAGCUUUUGCUGCCACGAUCAAAUUCAUUUGUGAUUUCACACGAAAUUUCACGCGCGCUUCCGCUUUUGGCUAUCACGCUGUCGAUUUUACAGAGAAAAAGAUACCGCGGGCGUGAGAGAGCGGUAAUAUGAAAAAUAAUGCGGACGAUGAUUAUUUGCUUAAAUAUACACGCGAAUUGUUUAGCAAACGACCUCGCUGCGUCUUGCACGUCUUUAAUUAGCGCGACUCCACCUGAUCGUAAUCGCGCGCCGCGCGAUUCUAGGGUUAAUGCGCAUUUAAUUCACAAUACGAAGAGAAACAACGCGGAUAGCAUGACCGGGCGUAUUCCUGAGAUUUUCAAUGUAGAUCCAUCGGCCAACGCGAUCUACAAUUUAAGCAUUACGAUGCGUUAGUCGCUCUGUUCCCAAGAGAGUCCCAAUGUACAACGCGUGGAAUUAUAUUGCUUCCUUAUGCAUUUAUGUAAAAUAUUGUAACAUAUAUUCACACAUGAAACGUAUCACGCAGCAUCUGGCAGCACUAAACAGUGAAGAAGAGGAACAUAUAAAGUUACUUAAUGAGAUCACGUAGCGCGUUGCCUCGCACAAAAUAAGAAAAGAUAUAUCUACAUAAUGAUAAAUAAUAGUUUAGAUUUAACGAAAAAGCAAAUUAUCCUGUGGUAUACUCUACGUUUGCGAAUACAUAUUUGGAGAGCGGGGUUUUUGCACGCGGAUGCAAGCCGAUACAAUCUAAUUGGAUAUGAAAUUAAGUCAACGAAAUUCCAGCAAAAAUCCCAGCGGCGCGGUGAAAUUUGAAAUUUAUAUCUCCUGCCUGCGCAAGCGAGCUGUUUCGCGUACGCUGAUGCAUCUGUCAUCUUUUUCUGCGGAGUAAGAGUCCACCGAGUGCAUAAUUGCGCUACUGUACAACCUUCUCGAGAACGACGUGCAUCGAGCGCUCACUCGAGAAGGUUCAUCGAUUUACUGGUACGUCAUUAAAAAAAUAUUUAAUCGAGGUAGCGUUUCUUGCAGCGCGCGGACAAGCUGAAUCCACUUAUGUACUGAAAUAAUAUGAACAAUACAGAGCGAUACGAGGCGAUAAUUAAAAGCGUAGAAACAAAAAUAGCGUGAGUGAUGCGAUUAAAUAGACACGCGUAAUAUUUAAAUACUAACAGUUACAUGUAAAUGCAACUAACGCAAAAACAAAUAGAACAACAUAUUUACUAUAAUAAAUUAAAUUUAAAGCU